AUGCCUGCCCUGGUGUUGGCCCUUACCAUUGCCACAGCCUGUCAUGCUGUGUUGGGUGCCAACAUAGAGUCGACUGGCUGGAAGGUUUUCAGUGAGCGGGCUGAUGGCUUCGGUCACAGAGUGAUUCAGCGCGACCCGUCAAGUGUGCUAGUUAGUGCCCCUCUGCAACAGUAUGAGGUCGACAGGAGAGGCCAGAUUUAUGAGUGCUUGAUCGAUUCAGAAUCGUGUUCAGCUGUACAAAUUCAAGGCACUGCUGUAAAUAUGUCCCUUGGUCUCUCAAUGACAAAGGCUGAGAAAUCUAAUGUAGAGAAGACUUGGGUCUGUGGUCCAACUAUCCCCAAAGAAUGCCCCAAAGUCACCCAGUAUGGUGGGAUGUGUGUUGGUCUUAAUUCCAACUUGCAACAGGAAGGACACCUGCCCUUGUCCCUGGAAGAGUGCAGAGAUCAGACUGGUGCAGAUAUUUUAUUUCUGUUGGAUGGGUCUGGGAGUGUAUGGUCUUCACAAUUCAGUCGGAUGAAAAGAUUUGUGAAAGAUCUGAUCAGGAAACUGCAGGAUUAUGAUACUGAAUUUUCCAUAGCACAGUACUCCUCGGACUGCACCAUCCACAUAAAGUUUAAUCAGUUUGACAGAACAGGGUGGGAACAACAGGUGGAUGGUAUCACACAGAAAGAAGAUUUAACGAAGACUGCAAGUGCCAUCCUGACAGUUGUGAAUUCUGGGUAUGUUGCCGCAGCGGGAGUGAGGCCUGAUGCAAAGAAAAUUCUCAUUGUCAUCACAGAUGGAGUGUCCGUGGGUGACAAACGCUCCUAUGACGAAGCAAUCGGACCAGCCAACAGGAAAAAUAUUACAAGAUUUGCCAUAGGGGUUGGAAAUGCGUUUAAUAGCGCAUCAGCAAAAUGGGAACUAGAAACAAUAGCAUCUGCACCUGUUAACAAGCACAUGUUUAAAGUGGACAGCUUUGAAGCACUGGACGAAAUCAGCAGCACCCUGGAAACGAGCAUUAUUGCCAUAGAAGGAGGCCAAACUACUGGUGAUGCCACAAUCAUGGAAUUUGCCCAGAACGGAUUCAGUGCAGCUGUUGUAUCCAGCCCAAAGGAGAGGCUUCUAGUGGGUGUGGUUGGGGCAAACCAGUGGAGAGGGGGAUACCAGGACAUCCAUGUGUCUACAGGGACAUCCACAUUCAACAGGAUGGGAGACGUCUCUCCUGACAGUUACCUGGGCUACUCCAUGGCUGUGGCUGUCAGACACGGACAGAGCUACAUUGUAAUGGGAGCCCCCAGAUACGAACACAAGGGACUGCUCAUGGUCAUCUCUCCUGAUGGCACACGCAAUAACUUCACACAGUCUCAGUCUCUGAUAGGUGCCUAUUUUGGAGCAGAGGUGUGUGUGGUGGAUUUGGAUGGAGACUCCAACACUGACCUGAUUCUGGUGUCUGCCCCCAUGCACAUAGAGGAGGAAAGAGAGGGGAGAGUGCUGAUCUACCGCUUUGAAGAGUAUCCCACAACCAGAGUAGAGCCAGUGACAGGUGGGACCCUGCUGGGGCUGGAGGGGGAGAGGGGGAGGUUCGGCUGGGCUCUGGCCAGCCUGGCAGACCUGAACGGGGACGAGAUCAGGGACGUGGCUGUGGGAGCUCCUCUGGAGGAUGAUGGACGUGGCAGCCUGUACAUCUUCAACGGCAGAACAGGAGGCAUCAACCCCACAUACUCACAGAGGAUUGUAGGUUCAUCAGUGCGGUCCGGUCUGCGGUUCUUUGGGUGGACUGUGGCCCCGUCUGCUCUGGACCAGAGUGGAGACGGGCUGCCUGACAUCGCGGUCGGGUCCAAAGGAGCUGUUCUGCUGCUCAGGUCAAGACCCUUGGUGUCCAUAGCAACAGACGUGUCAUUCCAGCCCUCCAUAAUCCCGACGUCUGUUUCUCAGUGUGCUGGUGUGGAGAACAUUACAGCCAGCGUGUGCUUCAACAUGGCCAAGGUCACAAGCGACACGUUUACAGCAUUACAGGCAAAGAUCAACUACUCACUGAGCUUGGACGUUACUCUAUCAACCAUUCGUGCCUUCUUUAAUACUACCUCAGAGGGUGAGGAGAAGAUACACACAGAGAGCACAGAGGUGACAGUAUCUCUGGGGGAUAACUGUUUUGAUCACCCUUUCUAUGUUCAGUGCCGGACGGUGGAUGUUGUGAACCCUAUAGUAGUGGAGGUGGCCCUCCUCUUCCAUGGUCUUCCCAUUGAGGGGACCUCCCUAAAACCACAGCUGGACAGCAGCUCUGCCACCACCACCAACCAUAACUUGAACUUCGAAAUUGACUGUGGAGAGGACGGUGUAUGCGUUGACAAUAUCCACCUCAACUUCAACUUCUCUGGAUUAUCCACCAUUGAAGUGGGCAUUGCUGAGAAUAUGAUUGUUGUGGUGACAGUAGAGAACAGAGGAGAAGACUCCUACAGCACCCGUGUGUCUCUCUCCUACCCCCCUGGCCUCUCCUACAGGACUGUCACCAAGAAACAGGGCAGGGUGGAUUGCACCUCUCUGGACAGCACCCAUGGAGCCUCUCUGGGGAAGACUGACUGCAGAAUCAACACACCCAUCCUCAAAGCUGGCCAUAAGGCUACCUUUGAGGUUCAAUAUGGGAUCGGUGGAAACAGGGAUUUUGGAGAGAGAGUCACAAUACAGGCCCAGGCUUUCAGUGACAAUGAAAACCAUACUGAUGGGAGCCACUUGAUCAAGACCAAGGACAUUGCAGCCAAAUACAGCAUCUAUGUCAUUAUGACCAGAUUUGAAGGCACAACCAGCUACAUUAAUUUCACUGCGGGAAAUUACCACUUGCAGAAACCAGUGACGCACAAUUUAGAGGUGACAAAUGGACUUCGAGAUCUCAAUCUGACUGUCGUCAUUCGUGUCCCUGUGAGACUCCAAGACAAGGACCUCUGGACUAACACAAGCAAUUUGAAAAUUGAUGGAUGCACAGCAGGACAGGAGUUGAGGCCAGCCAUCACAGACCUACAGGAGAUCUUCAAGAACACCAAGGAGCCAACCCUGAACUGCUCCAUUGCCGUGUGUCUGGAGUUCAGGUGUGCCUCAUACAUGCCAAAGAGGAGUCAAAACCACUACAGCAUCUCAGGAAAUGUCAGCUCAGCGUGGAUUGAACAGACUGGGCUGCGUUCUGCUUUGUUUCGCCUGGUCACUUCGGCCACUCUGGAGUUCGACAACAACACAUACAUCUUCUACUCCUCAGACUCCUCACGACAACCACCUGUUAUCAGGAUUCAGACAAAUGUGGAGCUGUAUGAGGUGCCAGAUCUGAUUAAGGAGAUCAUUGGUGGAGUAGUGGGUGGUCUGGUCAUACUGAUUCUACUGACAGUUGGCCUCACUAAGUUUGGCUUCUUCAAGAGUUCCUACCAGAAGAAGUUAAAGGAGGCAGGAGCUGCGGGCCAAGGGGGAGGCCCAUCACCUGCUGCCACACAGUAGAGAGGCCCAGAGAGCCAUAGGGGGAGUUAUGACAACCGGGGUACCAGAAGUAGAUUUGCCACUUGUUUCAAUGUAGAUUGAAAUAGUGCC